CAUAAAUGUACGAAGAAACAGGGGCAAGUAGGGAGAGAGAAGGGGACAGGGUAUAAAAGGGCCCACAAGAGACCAGCUCCAGGAUCCCAGGCCCAACUCCCCAAACCACGGAGAGUCCUGUGGACAGCUCACCUAGCUGCAAUGGCUGCAGGCUCCCGGACAUCCAUGCUCCUGGCUUUCACCCUGCUCUGCCUGCCCCAGCUUCAAGAGGCCGGUGCCUUCCCAACAAUUCCCUUAUCCAGGCUUUUGGACAAUGCUAUGCUCCGCGCCCAUCGCCUGCACCAGCUGGCCUUUGACACCUACCAGGAGUUCGAAGAAGCCUAUAUCCCGAAGGAACAGAAGUAUUCCUUCCUGCAGAACCCCCAGACCUCCCUCUGCUUCUCAGAGUCUAUCCCGACACCGGCCAGCAAAAAGGAAACUCAGCAGAAAUCCAACAUAGAGCUGCUCCGCAUCUCCCUGCUGCUCAUCCAGUCCUGGUUCGAGCCUGUGCAGCUCCUCAGGAGUGUCUUCGCCAACAGCCUAUUGUAUGGCGUCUCA